AUCUUUGUUUUGGGCCUUUUUCCAUCUGCGCAUCAUCUGCAUAGAAAUUUCAAGAAUUCCAACUCUUUCUUGCUCUGUUUCAGCUGCAAAAUCACAUAACAGCACCAUUCUAGAUCCUUCAUGAAUCAAAUGGAAAAUCAGACGACAAGUGCCACUCAAAAACAGACGCCAAAUGGAAGCGCUGGAAACCUCCCUUUAUCUCCCUUAUUUAUACUCUUUGACAUUCCCCCCGAAACUAAAAUCAAACAACCAUUUGCUUAAUCCAGAGAGAAAAAAGAAGUCUUAAACUUGUGUACUGCCCAAUACAGCACCUAUUUUGAUCAUAGAAAAUGUCACCAGCUUUAUCUUUAUCUCUUUCACACCCCCCAAUCUGCAAAUCUCGGGACCAUUAAAAGGACAAGCACCUUCCCAAAAGUACUUGUAGAGAAAACCCAUGUUACAAAACACCUUCAGGCACCAAGCUCAGCAAGAGAAAGCUAUUAAAUUCCUUUGCUUUGGGGCUUAUAGGGGCAGGCGUCUCCAUUUCUCAGCCAGCAAGAGCUGAACCGGGGAGCCCUGUUGAAUCCACUUCAAAUAGAAUGUCAUAUUCGAGAUUUUUGCAGUAUCUGGAUGAAGGGGCUGUAAGGAAGGUGGAUCUGUUUGAGAAUGGCGCUGCUGCGAUCGCCGAGAUCUUCAACCCAGCACUAGACAAAAUCCAGAGGGUCAAAAUUCAGUUACCCAGAUUGCCACCAGAAUUGCUGAGGAAAAUGAAAGAGAAGAAUGUAGACUUUGCAGCUCAACCAAUGGAAGUAAACUGGUGGCCUGCAGUACUCGAUUUGUUGGGGAAUUUGGCUUUUCCAUUGAUAUUGAUUGGCUCUUUACUUCUUAGAUCAUCAUCUACAAACACUCCAGGUGGCCCUAACUUGCCGUUUGGACUCGGAAGGCACAGUACUGAAAAAGUUUUUUUAUCAACUCUGAGCAAAGCCAAAUUUCAAAUGGAACCCAACACCGGAGUGACAUUCGACGAUGUUGCUGGCGUUGACGAAGCAAAGCAAGAUUUCCAAGAGAUUGUCGAGUUCUUAAAAACCCCAGAGAAGUUUGCCGCAGUUGGAGCCAGAAUUCCCAAAGGAGUACUUUUGCUUGGGCCACCUGGAACUGGAAAGACGUUGCUGGCCAGGGCGAUUGCUGGAGAAGCAGGGGUUCCUUUCUUUUCUCUAUCUGGGUCAGAGUUCAUUGAGAUGUUUGUUGGUGUAGGGGCUUCAAGAGUGAGGGACUUAUUCAACAAAGCAAAGGCCAAUUCGCCAUGCUUAGUGUUCAUUGAUGAGAUAGAUGCUGUAGGGAGGCAGAGAGGAACAGGUAUUGGCGGAGGAAACGAUGAGAGGGAACAAACACUGAAUCAGUUGCUUACCGAAAUGGAUGGCUUCAGUGGGAAUAGUGGAGUGAUUGUUGUCGCUGCUACCAACCGACCCGAAAUUCUUGAUUCGGCUUUGCUUAGGCCGGGGAGGUUCGACAGACAGGUCACUGUUGGAUUACCGGAUGUGAGAGGGAGGGAAGAAAUAUUAAAGGUGCAUAGCAACAACAAGAAACUUGAUAAGGAUGUCUCUCUCAGCGUUAUUGCCCUAAGAACCGCAGGGUUCAGCGGAGCAGACCUUGCAAACCUCAUGAACGAAGCUGCCAUUCUAGCCGGUAGGAGAGGCAAGGAGAAGAUUACAAUGAAAGAGAUUGACGACUCCAUUGAUCGGAUUGUCGCAGGAAUGGAGGGAACCAAAAUGACAGAUGGGAAGAGCAAAAUUCUUGUGGCUUAUCAUGAAAUAGGCCACGCUGUGUGCUCGACGUUGACUCCAGGCCAUGACCCAGUGCAGAAAGUGACUCUGAUCCCAAGGGGUCAAGCCCGUGGUCUAACUUGGUUCAUGCCUGGUGAAGAUCCUGCACUCAUCUCUAAGCAACAACUAUUUGCUAGAAUAGUUGGAGGUCUUGGAGGUCGCGCGGCUGAGGAAGUGAUUUUUGGACAAUCAGAAAUUACUACAGGUGCAGCUGGGGACUUGCAACAAAUUACUCAGAUAGCAAGACAGAUGGUAACUACGUUUGGCAUGUCCGAGAUUGGGCCAUGGGCAUUGACCGAUCCAGCAGUGCAAAGCAGCGAUGUGGUACUAAGGAUGCUAGCUCGAAACGCCAUGUCGGAAAAGCUUGCAGAGGACAUAGAUUCCUCUAUACGAAACAUAAUAGAAAGUGCAUACGAGAUUGCAAAGAAUCACAUUAGAAAUAACCGUGAGGCUAUUGACAAACUAGUGGACGUGCUGUUGGAGAAGGAAACUCUCACGGGAGAUGAAUUCAGGGCAAUCCUGUCUGAAUUUACUAAUAUCUCUUCAAUUGAGAUUGAUGUCCGGGAGAUGAUAGAAGUCUAGGGAAACUCAGUAUAAAUGUACAGUGAUCGAGACACUAAGUCUCAACCAUACUCAUGUCAAGGAGGGAUGCAAAGCUAGAUAGAUCUAUAGAUACAAGAACUUACUUGCAUGUAGUCUACCAAAUGUAUCCAUGUUCCCAACCAUUGGUUCUCCCUUCUAUUUUUGGAUUUUAUAGAUUUUAGUUUCUAUCAAACAAAGUCACUGUACAAGAUCGAAAUCUAAAAGUACUAUUACACCUCAA